UAACGUGUGGGAGAAAUUUGUCAAAUCGCAUGAAAGUUUAAUGGGGCUAUAAUGAAGUUUCCCCUAAAAAAUUCUUAUAUCGCGUGUUGGGUUUAAAUCAUGUUAGAUUCAUUUAAUUCAACUUAUUAAACUCCUAAUCUAUAAACCACUAAUUUAUUGGCAAACCUAAUUGAAAGAACCCGUUUAUAAUCCUUCCAGAAGCGUGAAGAGGAUUUAGAAAGCGUGUGUAUUAGCAUUGAUAACGACGGCCGCGUAGCAAUCCAGCCGGCAAAAAACUGGUCAAUGUUCAAUCCGGCCUUGAACACGUAAUCCCCUCGCUAUUUCGAAUUUAAAUUCUUUUGUUUCCAAAGAUAAAAGCCCGUAAAUGGUGACAGCCUUGUCAAUAAAUCAUUAGAAGCAGCCAAUCACAGAGAAACAACUAGUGCUUUCCUAUUGGGUUUCCUUUACAUUUUCCUCACCAGCAUCCUCCCAAGACAAUUUCCCGGAAGAAACCAAUUCAAACAAUAACGCUUCCGUUUUGAUUCAUCUUCCACAAUAAAAAGCCCCCCAAUUCCCAGUUUUCUCUCUCACACACGCAUGGCGGCUCUGCAAGAAAAACCAUUAAGGGAGGAGCAUCGAGAAGGGGAAGAUAUGGAUGAUGGCAAUGAAGAGGGCGUUUCGGGUGGUGGGUGUGGGUGUGGGUGUUUUCGGCUUCUGGGUAUCGGAUGGGGGAAAAGCAAUGAAAAAGAAAGCAAAUCUCUGUUGCAGCCAAAAACAGAGCACAGGGAGACAUGGUUGAAUAAGAUAAAGCAGACUACAGAAGUAUUGGGAGGGCCCAAGUGGAAGAAUUUCAUAAGAAAGAUUGGCGGAUAUUGUGAUUUCAAGAACAAGAACAAGAAGAAGCAGAGGAAUGGGUUUCAGUAUGAUCCACACAGUUAUGCUCUCAACUUCGAUAAUGGGUUUGAUAGAGAAGAAGAAGAAGAAGAAGGCUUGGUUGGUCACGACUUCACCUCGAGGUUUGCUGCUCCUUUUCAAGAUGAAAAGCGCCCAACCAGAUUGUGAUUCUUUUUUUUUUUUUUCCCCUAUAAAUUGGAUCUUGAUGUUGAUGAUGAAUUGAUGAUUUUUUCCAUGAUUGCCAUCUUUUUUUUUUUUUUUUUUUCUUCAUGUUUGUCCAUAGUCUUUGAUCAAUCUCAUUGUCUUUGUGGAAUUUGGUCUAUGUGAAGAAGUUUGAUUCCAAUAUUGCCAUUCCAUUCUAUUUAGUAGGAUAUGCUUAUUGAUUUGCUAUAAAUGAGGGGGUACUAUGAAAUUCAGGGUCGACAAUUUUUGACAAUACGAACUUAACAUAAAAAAAUUCUAAUCAGUUUACUUAAAUGUCAUAUCUCGACAUGACACGAACAACCAAACACACAAACACAAUCUAGCAAAUAUUUCUUUCAAAGCCUAAAAAUUUUAGGCUUUUUAGACGGCAAUAACUGAAAUUUAUAUUUAUAUCUAGGUAAUUUUCUUUU